GCUUUCAGAGAGACCUGAACUGUAGAGAGAGCUUAAACAAAGAGCAGCAGAGUUGGUAUCCACGUUAACUUUCUGCAGCUGUCAUAGUUCAAUUUAUGCAACUUUUCUGGAAAUUAUGGAUUCUACAAACAAAACCUCUAGUUCAUAUAUUCUAGGCAAAGAUUUUUGGGAUGGCAUUAAAAUGUCUUUUAUAUUAUCCAUGGUGGCUGGACUCAUAAUAGCAGGGCUAAUUUGGAUGUUGCUUUUAUACUUAUCUCGACGCCGAAAAGCAAGUGCAGCUAUUUCCCCUGCUGGCCCAGCAAGACAUGUCCGAGCAUCUGCUGCUAACAGGCCUAAUUUCUAUCGCAAUAAUAGCUAUGACAGACGCAGCAAUCUGAGUCUUGUCAGUGCAGCGGCUCUCACGUUUCAGCGCCAGGCCUCCAUGGAACAAGAUGCUUUCACUAGAAAACCAAGCUUUAGAGCUUCAACCUUUCAUCCUUUUCUUCAAUGUAGCCCACUACUCGGAGAAUCUAACAGAAACUCAGUGACUCUUCCAGGAAGCAACUCAUCCCCUGGUAUCAACAGAAACAGCUUAGUCCGUUCUGAGCCCCAGUGGACCAGCAACAGUCUUCGAGGGUUCCAUUCAUGUCCGUCUCCUCCACCGGCCUAUGAAACUGUUAUAAAAGCAUAUCAAGAAACAUGUACUUGAAUGCAGUCAACAGUGAGAAGUGUACAGCAAUUUGUUGCACAUCUUAGCUUUAUAACUGAAACAAAACUGCACAUUUUGGAACAUAUAUAAAGACAGAUAAGUGUUUUAUUUGCUGAAAAGAUGAGUAGUAUGUAAGAACUGUUUUAUAGCAAAAGGUAACUUAUGUGGGCUGUGAUGGGGAAGAGUCAGGAAAUCACCAUAAUGAACUGUAAGUUGCUUUGUUACAUGUAAACCAAAGAGUCCACAAUGUUAUUAAUAUAAAACAUAUUUAUUUCCAUAUUAAAGUCCCUGGCAUCUUGGUGCCUACCUUCCAGGAAACAACAUUUGUGGGUAGUUCAUGUUAUACUAAUAGUUGUUAAUUGACCAUGGGUGGUGAGUAAUAAAACAAAUGACACAUUUUGCUGUAAUACUCUUGCUAAAACUAUUUUUAAAGCUUAACAAGGGGCUGAGUGUUCAAAUAAUUAAACUUUAAGAUGAUAAGUUACUAGGCAUGUACAACUUGCUUGUAUGGUUUCAUUUUUAAGGAGUACAGGCCAAGGAAUCUAACACAGAGAUCUUGUAUCACUACACCUUGCAGUUGAUUUUGCUGCUACCAUUGAGCCUACUAAUAAAGCAUAGGUAAACUGUAAUGUUGCUGAAAAUGUAUUUGAUGAAGGUCACAUCAAGUUACAGGCAUAGGAUAAUGUCAUAUUGCAUACAGGCUAUGUAAUGUGUGCUAACUUGGAACAGUUUCUUAUUCAGCAGAUUCACUUUGACAUAACUACUCAUUUUCUGAGUCUCUUUCUGUGUUAGUGAGGUUCAUUCUUUAAUUAGGUCGGAUAUUAUGCAACAGUUUUGCGAAAUACACAAUUACAAAGUUUUUGAGUGAAUCAGAUCCCUGCUAUAUUAAUUAUUGGAUAGUGAGCAGUAGAUUCUGAAACAGAUUUAUGAUACACUAUUUAAUUACAGUAGAGCAAAUCUAAAAAAAAAUCUGUAUGCUUUGAAAUGUUAGUUUUUGUCUUAUGAAUUGGUAGGAAUGUUUUUUAAUCUUUCUUUUUCUGUAGAAGUUAAUUCUUUCUUUGCAAAAGUAAUAGCGUGGUUGAAAUAGCAAGGUUUGAUAUUUGUACCUGUCAAGAUCUGUUCUUAUUUUCAAUUCAGAUUCACUGCAUUUACAGGUUUUAAUGUACAGCGACUAGGUCAUUGGGUACAGAUAGCAAUCACAUUCAUGAGUGAAGUGUGUUAUCAUUUAUAAAAAUAUUAUUUACGUGUGUCUUCUGAUUACUUGUGAUUUGACAUAAUAAGCAUUUGUACUCUGUAUAUGAAAUGUGUUAUGGAUUUAAGGUUACAAAUUCCAAUUUAAUAAAAACAAACUG